AUGGCUAAACCGCACGCCCGGCCCCGCUUCCCGGACGAAGAAGCCGGGGGCGCACGAGCCGCCAAGCCCCCGAACCCGGCAUCGUCGCCGCCUCCGCCUCCGCCUCCACCAGCCCCUCCUCCUCCGCGACCCGGCCGCCGCGAUGGGGGACGGCGAGACGUGGAAGCCCCCCCCCGCGGCUUCGGCUGGAUCGAGCUGGCCAUCAUGUCCAACGUCUUCCUGUACGGCUUCGACGGGACCGUCACGGCGGCGACGUACGUCGUCAUCGGCUCCGAGUUCGGCGCCGCCAACACGUCAACACGCUUGCUGAGCCUGAGACGUAGAUUCUGA